CUGUGUCUGCGAUGGCGGCGGGCGGCGGAUCUGACCCGAUUCCGAAGGCCGGCCCCCUCAUUUUUUUCUCCCUCUUGCGGUGAUAUAUUCUCCUCUCCGUCCUCCGAGACCCGGAGCUCCCAGCGCGAAACCCUCGCCCCCAUCCUAACCGCGUCCGCUGGUCUCGACCCAGGAAGUUGAGUAUAUUUGUAUCUCAGCAACCAUGCUCAAGUCUGGUGGCUAAGAAGAUUACUAGGAGAGAAGCUUCUCAUGGCGUCGAAGCGUAUCUUGAAGGAACUCAAGGAUUUGCAGAAGGAUCCUCCUACCUCCUGCAGUGCAGGUCCUGUAGCCGAGGACAUGUUCCAUUGGCAAGCAACAAUCAUGGGCCCUCCUGACAGUCCAUAUGCUGGAGGUGUUUAUUUAGUAAAUAUUCAUUUCCCGCCAGAUUAUCCUUUCAAGCCACCAAAGGUUGCUUUUAAGACUAAGGUCUUUCAUCCGAACAUCAAUAGUAACGGGAGCAUCUGUCUGGAUAUUCUUAAAGAGCAGUGGAGUCCUGCCCUGACCAUCUCAAAGGUCUUGCUAUCUAUCUGCUCUUUGUUGACGGAUCCAAACCCAGAUGAUCCUCUCGUCCCAGAGAUUGCUCAUAUGUACAAGACUGACAGAGCAAAGUAUGAGACCACAGCUCGCAGCUGGACACAGAAGUAUGCUAUGGGAUGAAGGUCUCCUACGCUGGGAGUGGUUAUGUUAUCUGACAAAUGAAUAUAAUAUGGGAUUAAGGUCCCCAUUCGUGAUGUUAUUGAAGUGAUUGUGUUAAGAUGAAAAAUUGUGUUUGUUUGGUUUCUUGUUUGAUCAGAUAGAUCGUAUGCAUGCCUGCCACCUGGCCUGCUAUAAUUUUCAUUGUCAAUAAUAUUCAUAGCUCAUGUUCAUGUU